AAGGGAAACGAAGAUAAAAUGGUUCCUGAUUUUGGCCAUGGAACUUGGAUAGGAAAAGGAUCCCAAGCGUUGAAUGAUACACCAGAGAUGUUGUCUGAGAGGAGCCUGAGACAGGAAAGAAGAGUGAAACGGGCAGAUGAAUUGAUGAUGAAUGAUGACACUAUCCACAAGUUUGAGAAGGCAGCACUCGCACGUUCCAGAUCAGUCGAUUCUGCACCACUAGGAAACUACACCAUUUGGAAAAAUGAAUACCGGAGGGGCAACAACUUUGAAGAUAUGUUACGUCUCAUGCAAGAUCAAAUCAUUAUGGCACGAGUUUACAGUGGUCUUGCAAAGUUGACAAACAAUCUCGCCUUGCAAGAAGAACUAGAAACACAACUAGCCCAAAUAGCAUCGGAGGAAGAAUCAAGUGAUAGUGAUACUGAUCAACUGCAGAGAGUUCUUGAUACUAUAAGAGACAUGGGACAAAUACUGGGUAGGGCGAAAGAGCAACUAUAUGAAUGCAAGCUGGUGACAAAUAAGCUGAGAGCAAUGCUACAAGCAGCUGAAGAAGAACUCGAAUACACGCAAACUUAUACAACGUUCUUGACUCAGCUGGCUUCCAAGGCACUACCAGAUGCUAUCCACUGCUUGACCAUGCACUGGACUCUAGAGUAUCAUCUCUUACCUUUACCAAUGAGAAAUUUUCCAAGAAGGGAGAAGUUGGAGAAUCCGAAACUUUACCACUACGCUCUCUUCUCUGAUAAUGUGUUGGCUGCAUCAGUUGUUGUCAAUUCCACAGUCAUGAAUGCACAGGAUCCUUCAAGUCAUGUUUUUCACCUUGUGACUGAUAAACUCAAUUUUGGAGCAAUGAGUAUGUGGUUUCUGUUAAACCCUCCUGGAGACGCAACCAUCCAUGUCCAAAGGUUCGAAGAUUUUUCUUGGCUCAACUCAUCUUACUCCCCAGUUUUGAGACAGCUCGAGUCAGCAGCUAUGAAGAAGUUCUACUUCAAGACAGAUAGAUCUGAAUCAGUUGAAUCAGGCUCAGAAAACCUCAAGUACCGGUACCCGAAAUACAUGUCUAUGCUUAACCACUUGAGGUUCUACAUCCUGAGGAUCUUCCCAAAGUUAGAGAAAAUCUUGUUUCUUGACGAUGAUGUGGUUGUUCAGAAGGAUUUAACUCCCCUGUGGUCCAUAGAUCUUAAAGGGAAAGUGAAUGAGACCUUUGAUCCGAAAUACUGCGCAUGGGCUUAUGGGAUGAACAUCUUCGACCUGAAAGAGUGGAAAAAGAACAACAUUACUGAAACUUAUCACUUCUGUCAAGACCUGAACGAAAACCGGACUUUAUGGAAACUUGGAACAUUGCCACCAGGACUCAUAACCUUCUACAGGCUGACACUACCGCUUCAGGGCAAAUGGCACUUACUUGGACUGGGUUAUGAUAAAGGAAUAGAUGUCAGGAAGAUUGAAAGAUCAGCUGUUAUACAUUACAACGGACACAUGAAACCAUGGACAGAGAUGGCGAUAAGCAAGUAUCAGCCAUACUGGACAAAGUACAUCAAUUUUGAUCAUCCUUUCAUCUUUAGCUGCAGGCUGUUUGAGUGA